AUGCUCAUCAAAUUCACCACAACCAGGCGCUAUAUCGCGCUUUCGGUGCUUAUCAUCUUCGGCUUGCACGCAAUCCUCAGUAUCACCCAUGAGGGCUACGGCCGCGCAACCUCACUAAGCAACAUCGCCUCACAAAUGCCGUGGAGAAGAGCAAAGUCCGGAUACGUCUACCCUCUCGAAGACUACAUACCCCUCCCCGAGUCCGACGCCGCCACACCGGCCGACCAACACCUGAGGCGCCAUGCCAACGCCACGCUCUUCAUGCUCGCGCGCAACUCGGAUUUGGAGAUGGCGCUGCGGAGCGUGCGGAGGCUGGAGGAUCGAUUCAACAGCCACGCGCGGUACCCCUGGACGUUCAUGAACGAGGAGCCGUUCACAAAAGAGUUCAAGACCCGCAUGCGGAACAUCAUCUAUGGCGAGGUGGCAUUCCUGCAGGCGAAGGCUGGUCGCGAGCAGAUGGAGAAAGACGGCGUCAUCUACGGCGGAUCCGUUUCAUACCGGAACAUGUGCCGUUUCAACUCAGGUUUCUUCUUCCGGCACCCGGAGAUGCAAAAGUACAGGUGGUACUGGCGCGUAGAGCCCGAUGUACACUUCCACUGCGACAUCACCUACGACCCUUUCAUCUUCAUGGAAGAUCACAACAAGACGUACUCGUUCACCAUUACGCUGUACGAGUUCGGCGAGACGAUUCCGACGCUAUGGGACGCGGUAAAGGAGUUCACAAAGGAGAACCCACAGUACGUCGCUAAGAACAACGCGAUGGGCUACAUCUCCGACGACAACGGCAAUUCCUACAACAAUUGUCAUUUCUGGUCAAACUUUGAGAUUGCAGACAUGGACUUCUGGCGCUCAGAGGCGUACACCAAGUUCUUCGAACACCUCGACAGCAAGGGCGGCUUCUACUACGAGCGCUGGGGCGACGCGCCGGUGCACUCGCUCGCGGCGUCGCUCUUCCUGGACCGGAACCAGAUCCACUUCUUCAAUGACAUCGGUUACGAGCACAACCCGCUCACACACUGCCCGCGCGGCACGGUCGCGUUCCAGAAGGGCAAGUGCAAAUGCGAUAUGGCGGGUACCUUCGACUACGACUGGCGCUCGUGCAUGCCUCAGUGGGACCGCAUCCAGGACGGUCUGAUCCCCGGGUAG